GGAGAGGACUGGCGCGGCAGUCGCGCCGGCGCUGGGCGAGGAAGCGGAGCAGGGCCGCCGCCGGAAAAUGGCUCCAAAGGUUAAAUGAAGCUGGAAAAAUAUGUAGAUGCAGCAUCGCAGCCUCUCCAGAUGUUUGGGGAUAGUAUUCCAGAGAGAGGUUGAUCCCCUUGGAUUAGGUAACUAGUCAUAAUGAAGAAAAUUAGUCUUAAAACCUUCCGGAAAUCUUUUAACUUGAAUAAAAGUAAAGAAGAAACUGAUUUCAUGGUAGUACAACAACCAUCACUAGCCAGUGACUUUGGAAAAGAUGAUUCCUUAUUUGGUAGCUGCUACGGUAAAGACAUGGCCAGCUGUGAUAUCAACAGUGAAGAUGAAAAAGGUGGCAAAACCAGAUCCAAAAGCGAAAGCCUGAUGGGUACGUUAAAAAGGAGGCUUUCUGCGAAACAGAAGCCGAAAGGUAAGGCCGGCACGCCCUCGGGGAACUCUGCCGAUGAGGAUACCUUCUCCUCCUCCUCAGCACCGAUAGUCUUUAAAGAUGUGAGAGCUCAGAGGCCGAUACGGUCCACUUCCCUCCGCAGUCAUCACUAUAGUCCCACACCUUGGCCUCUUCGACCUACAAACUCUGAGGAGACGUGCAUCAAAAUGGAGGUGAGAGUCAAAGCCUUGGUUCACUCUUCUAGUCCGAGUCCUGCACUGAAUGGCGUUCGGAAAGAUUUUCAUGACCUUCAGUCUGAGACUGCGUGCCAGGAGCAGGCUAAUUCACUGAAGAGUUCAGCUUCUCAGAACGGAGACUUGCAUCUCCACCUGGAUGAACAUGUGCCUGUAGUUAUUGGUCUUAUGCCUCAGGACUACAUUCAGUAUACCGUGCCUUUAGAUGAGGGGAUGUAUCCUCUGGAAGGAUCGCGUAGCUAUUGUCUGGACAGUUCUUCUCCCAUGGAAGUCUCUGCAGUUCCUCCUCAGGUGGGAGGGCGCUCUUUCCCUGAAGAUGAGAAUCAGGUAGACCAGGACCUGGUCGUGGCCCCAGAGAUCUUUGUGGAACAGCCCGUGAAUGGCUUGUUGAUUGCCACCACGGGAGUCAUGUUGCAGAGCCCCAGAGCAGGUCACGAUGAUGUUCCUCCACUCUCCCCAUUGCUACCUCCAAUGCAGAAUAAUCAAAUCCAAAGGAACUUUGGUGGACUCACUGGCACAGAUGUCCACGUGGCUGAAAGUAUGCGCUGUCAUUUGAAUUUUGAUCCUAACUCUGCUCCUGGGGUUGCAAGAGUUUAUGACUCAGUGCAAAGUAGUGGUCCCAUGGUUGUGACAAGCCUUACAGAGGAGCUGAAAAAACUUGCAAAACAAGGAUGGUACUGGGGACCAAUCACACGCUGGGAGGCUGAGGGGAAGCUAGCAAAUGUGCCAGAUGGUUCUUUUCUUGUUCGGGACAGUUCUGACGACCGUUAUCUUUUAAGCUUGAGCUUUCGCUCCCAUGGUAAAACACUUCACACUAGAAUCGAGCACUCAAACGGUAGGUUUAGCUUUUAUGAACAACCAGAUGUGGAAGGACAUACAUCCAUAGUCGACCUAAUUGAACAUUCAAUCAGGGACUCUGAAAAUGGAGCUUUUUGUUAUUCAAGGUCUCGGCUGCCUGGAUCUGCAACUUACCCUGUCAGACUGACCAACCCAGUGUCCCGGUUCAUGCAGGUGCGUUCUUUGCAGUACCUGUGUCGUUUUGUUAUACGUCAGUAUACCAGAAUAGACUUAAUUCAGAAACUGCCUUUGCCAAACAAAAUGAAGGAUUAUUUACAGGAGAAGCACUACUGAAAGAUUGGGAACCCUGCAUCUUGCACUUUGGGAAUAAGAAAAAGAGAUUGAAAUACAGUUUACAAACUUUCAUUGCCAUCGAAAUCUUUUGCUGCCAUAACUAUUUCAGUUUUAUGUGUAAAAGAAUCAUUAAUUUGUUUAGGGGUGGGGAAGUGUCUGCAAGGUGUCUUGGGUUUAUUUUGGUUCUUUCAAAAGGGAAGUCUUGAGGUUUUAGAAGUGUGAAUUAUCUUUCAUCAAUGUGCAGAAUCACAAUGUGAAUUAUCAAAUUCUCCUUAACCCUCCCCCCAGUCCUUUGCUGCUAUCCACUGUGAUUUUUAUGCAUUAAAAGCACAUUUCAUGUGUAUUAAACCCUAAGUAAAGUUGAAUGAAACUUAAGAGUGAAAAUUGCUAUGUCUUUUUAAAUGGCCCAUUUCAAAAGAUAGUGUUGAAUAAACAUACCUAUGUGAUAAAACAGAAUUUACAUAUACACUGAAAAUGAUUUUUUAAAAUUCUUUAAAAAGAUUUAGAAUUACGAAUUGACAUAAUCUUGGAUAAUAAAAUGCAGAUCUGCAACAUAUCUUUUUUUCUAAAUUAUUUCUAAGGUUGUGCUCAUUUUUUUGGUUGUGAAAAGUUGAAUUUUUCUGUUGCCUUCAUUUUCAUCUUUCGGUUUGUCUAUUUUAAUAAAUGGCCUUACAUUUUAAAAUUGUAAAGAAUUGUAUACCACCAAUUUAGAAAUUGUUGCCUUUUCUGUCAUUAAACUCGGGUACAAAUUGGCAUAACAUAUAAAGACCUAUGGAACUAGAACUUAUUAAAGAAAUAUUAGAUGA